GGUUUGGAGGUCCGCGUCUGCGUGUCCCCUUCCUUCCUUUCCCACCGCCUCCUCUGUCCACAUCGCUUCUUCUCGCCGGCAGCCGCCGCCUACUCCUCCUCACCGCCCGCCCGAGCGCCGUUCCAAGGUCGCCAGAGGAAGUGAAGACCAUGUAUGAUAACUAUAGAAAUCCUCAUCCUCCCGGGAUGCAGAUGCCCCCACCAAACCCUCAGCCUGGUCCCUAUGACAACCCAUUGUAUGGCGCAAGCUCGGGUCUGAUUAAAACUGGGUUAGGAGUAUAUGGGGAGAAGUUCUUCGGCUCCAGUUCAGAAUUCAUGCAGAGCAAUAUCAGUAGAUACUUCUCCAACCCACAGUACUACUUCCAUGUGAAUGAUCAGUAUGUCAGGAACAAGUUGAAAGUCAUACUGUUCCCGUUCCUUCACAGGGGGCACUGGACUCGGAUAAGUGAGCCUGUUGGUGGCCGUUUGUCAUACAAACCUCCAAUGUACGACAUAAAUGCGCCAGAUCUGUACAUCCCUUUCAUGGCGUUCGGCACCUUCAUUAUUCUCGCAGGCUUCACACUAGGCUUCAUGGGGAAGUUCACUCCAGAAGCCAUAAACCUCCAGUUCACAAGAGGGCUGAUCGGAUGGGGCCUACAGAUUGUCUUCUUAAAAGGCCUCCUCUACUCGAUGGGCGGUGGCGAGGUGCCGCUGCUCGACCUGGUAGCCUACAGCGGGUACCUGUUUGCGGGGCUCUCCCUGGCCAUCGUCGCCCGGCUCCUGUGGGCCUACUCAUACUACGUGAUGAUGCCGUGGAUGAGCCUGUGCAUGGGGAUCUUCCUGGUGAGGACGAUGAAGCGGGUCAUCUUCACGGAGAUGCGGGGCAGCGAGAGGCACUCGACGCGGCAGCACUACUUCCUGCUCUUCAUGGCCAUCGUGCAGUUCCCCCUCUUCUUCUGGCUCGGCAGCAUAGGCGCAUGAGAUAGUCUUCUCUGUAACUUUGGCACUAGAAAAAGAAAAAGCAGGCACCUGUGAAGCUUAGGCGCAUUCAGUAUAGCACAUCCAGUAGCUUGUGCAGGCUCUCUGAGCAUCAUCAUAUAUGUUUUGUUGACAGGGUUUUGUGUUUGGUUUUGUAUAAAGUUGUGAAUUUUGCAGUUGGUCACCGUUUUGUAGUAUGUUUGUUGGAAUAGUCUCAAGUAUAUUCAUAUUUAUAUUUA